UUACAACCUAACGAUUGUAAAUUAACUUUUGAUUUUUCUAUUUCUAUUGAUGAUAGACCAUAUGUACAAAAACAACUUCAUUGUAUUUUGGAUCGAGGACAUUGUGAUGUAAUUGGAAAGAAAAUUAAAGAAUUGUUGCCAGAAGUGUUGAACAAUCAUUGCAAUCGAUGCACGUCACGACAAAUUGGAAUUGCAAAUACAUUAAUACCUUUUAUGCAACAAAAUUAUCCCUAUGAAUGGCAGUUGAUUCUACGACGUUAUAAAAUAAUGAAAUAUUAUUAAUAUCAAAGAUAUUAGUAUGAAAAUUAAAAAACUCAAGAUAAUAACAAUUGACGAUGGAAUAACUCAUUGAUAAUAUCUUAAGAUGUUCUUAAAUUUUGAAAUGACGUUAAAUAAAUUUUUCAUAAUAUUAAUAAUUUUAAUAUUAAAAAUUUUAAAUAUCGUUAAUAUUUAUAAUAUUAUUUGUAACUUUGUUUGUAAGAAUUAUCGAAUAUUAUGAAUAAAAUAU